UGCACCGUUAAGUUUGUUGCCAUUAGUUCAUUAGAAGAAGAAGUUAGCAUGGCGGUGCUCCUUGAAACGACGCUGGGCGAUAUAGUAAUAGAUUUGUUUACAGAAGAAAGGCCUAAAACUUCACUUAACUUCCUGAAAUUAUGCAAAAUAAAAUACUACAACUACUGCCUCUUCCACAAUGUUCAGAGAGACUUCAUUGUGCAGACAGGGGAUCCCACUGGUACAGGCCGUGGUGGAGAAUCGGUCUAUAGCAAAGUGUAUGGGGACCAAGCCUCCUUUUUCGAUGUGGAGAAAGUACCACGCAUUAAACACAAAAAGACGGGGACUAUAUCCAUGGUGAACAAUGGAAGCAAUCAGCAUGGUUCUCAGUUUCUUAUUACCACUGGUGAGAACCUGGACUACUUGGAUGGAGUCCAUACUGUGUUUGGGGAAGUUACAGAAGGCUUUGAUGUCUUGACCAAAAUCAAUGAGACCUUUGUUGACAAGGACUUUGUCCCAUUUCAGGAUAUCAGGAUUAACCACACAGUGAUACUGGAAGACCCAUUUGAUGAUCCUGCUGACCUGCCAGUCCCUGACCGCUCACCUGAGCCCACCAGAGAGCAGCUAGAUAGUGGCAGAAUUGGAGCUGACGAAGUGAUUGACGAUACAGAAGGGAAAGCGGCCGAAGAGCUUGAGGAGAGAAUGAAGGACAAUGAGGCCAAGACUCAGGCCAUCCUGCUGGAGAUGGUGGGAGACCUCCCUGACGCAAACGUGAAACCUCCAGAGAAUGUGCUGUUUGUGUGCAAACUGAACCCGGUGACCACCGAUGAGGACCUGGAAAUCAUUUUCUCACGCUUUGGGGUCAUAAAAAGUUGUGAGAUCAUCAGAGACGGGAAAAGUGGAGAUUCCCUCUGUUACGCUUUUAUUGAGUUUGAAAAGCAAGAGGAAUGUGAAAAGGCCUAUUUCAAAAUGGACAACGUGCUCAUUGAUGAUCGACGCAUUCACGUGGACUUCAGCCAGUCAGUCUCAAAGAUCAAAUGGAAAGGGAAAGGUGGGAAGUAUACUAAAGAUGACUUCAAAGCCUAUGAGAAGGAUGUGGAGAACAAAUCCAAACUGGCUCUCAAGGACCAAAUGAAGCCUAAACAAGAUUCCAAGUAUGAUCUGCUAAUAGAGGAGGACCAGGAGGCGACGAGCCAUUGGCACUCAGAGAAGAAGCACAAGGAAAAGAGGCACCAUCAUCAUUCUGGUGAUGAGGACAGCAGGAAAAUCAAAAAGCAUAAGGUCCAGGACAAUGAGAAGAGCGAGCGAGACAGAAAAACAGGCCGCCAGCUUUCCUGCUCCAGGGACAGGGAUAACAAACACAGCAAGUCCCGGGGCAAACAUGGGAAGGAGGGACGCAGCAAAGGCCACAGCUACAAGGAAAGGAGCUGCAGCCCCUCUCUGAAGAAGUCGAAGGAUAAAGAAAGGAGUAGAUACAGAUGAAGGAGGGUAGAGAAGAACAGAGGGUCACCUUAAUCUUACUGAAUAUCAUUGUGGCAGAGAAGAGUGGAACUGUAUUCAGCAUGAAUAAUAUGGCAUCUAAAUGUUCUCAGGUCUAAACAACAGACUUCCUUCAAAAUAACUUUACCUUGACUUUAAUUAUAAAGAUCAGAUGAUUCUCACGUCCUUGUCACAUUGUAUUGAAGAACAAAAAUGUUUUGAGAAACUUUUUUUAUGCUCAUAUUAAAUCUUUUCCAUAAAUUGACA